AUGUACAUAUUCUUAAAACUCAGUCCGAUUGUACCUCUGGAAAAUCUGAGUAGAUCUAAAAGUCAUCUCAACCUGCACCCCAAGCGUUAUCAUUUUGGGCUUAUGGAAACUUAUGAGUGGCAAGAAGCUUAUCCAAAUAAUAGUUCAGGGGAGUACUACAAAAAACUUGGUGGAAAAAAAAUCAAUGCUGGUUUGUCGCCGGAGAGAUCUAGGGGUAGUUCUACAAGGGGAGCUAAAGCACAUGUCGGGUGCCCCAAACUGUCUUGUGGUCUUUUGUCCACAGAGCUCAUAGGUGAGCACUGCGGUCUGUGGAGUCUGGGUCGACCUUCCAAGGUGAAAGAUGGUAGAGACAACUCGGCUACAAAUGGGGAAAGAGAGAAAGCAAGUUUAGUGUAUAUUCUACGAGUUAGUUAUAGCUCGGGCUUCACCAAGUUAGAUGGGACAGGGUGCGAUGGAUUCGAGGAUUCGGAGUGGGGUUUUGAAAGAGGAAGAGCUGCAAGAAGAUUCGAAGGCGCAAAGAGUAUCAGCUCCGUAUAG